GGUUUUUAUCACUUUAUCAAUCAAUUUAUCGAACACUUUUUUCUUUCUGUUUUUGGCCUCUGCUAGUCCUCACGCCGUCAUCAAAUCAAAUCAUUCAAUCAUGUCUCAGAUCGAUAACAGAAACUCGUCUGCUGUGAAACGUGCUCGGACCGAUGGUGGUCGUAGGGAAGAUGACUGGACAUGUCCCAGCUGUGCAAAUGUUAAUUUUUCGUUUAGGACGACUUGCAAUAUGCGUAACUGUACGCAGCCUAGACCGGCUGAUCAUAAUUCAAAAUCUGCUCCGAGGCAAACGCCAACCCACCAGGGAUACUCUUCUUCUUCCCCUUAUGCAGGCUCCGGGGCACCCUCUUCAAUGUAUGUGGGUGCACCACCUUAUACUCCUAAUUUGUUCAAUGGAACUUCUGUGCCUCCUUAUGAUGCUCCAUUAUCGAGUGGUUCCGCUUAUCACUACAACUACAACAGCCGCCUGCCUGGAGGGAACCUCUAUCGACCUCUGCAAUUUGCUAACACUCUCCCUUAUUCUGGUGGUCCCAUGAUAGGAACUGGUGGGUUGUAUGGUUUACCUCAGCUGAUGGAACAAUUUGGUUUACGAUUGCCCUUGGGGCAGGCUGCCAUGGGUCCGCGGCCUGGAUUUUUCCCGGAAGAGACGUCUCAAAAGAAAGAUGGAACACGAGAAAAUGACUGGGAAUGCCCGAAAUGUGGAAAUGUCAAUUUUUCUUUCAGAACAGUUUGUAACAUGAGGAAAUGCAAUACUCCUAAACCUGGAUCUCAGCAGACUACAAAGCCAGCAAAGAGUUCCAAUAUGCCCGAAGGGAGCUGGAAGUGCGACCAAUGUAACAACAUAAACUAUCCUUUUAGGACCAAAUGUAAUAGACAGAAUUGCGGUGCAGAGAAACCAUUAGAAUCUGAGAUUUCUCCUAAAGAAGAGGAAGAAAAUGAGCAGUGAGUACUAGACGUUGGUCAGGAGUUGCUCAGUAUGGGUCUCAAAAGUCAGUCAUGUCGUCGUCGUCUUCGUCUUCCUCUUGCUGCGGUUAUUGAGUUACUUCUUUUUCUGUGAUCCUUGUCAAAUUGGAGCGUAUAAAAUCACAAUUUGCGUUCUUUACAUAUUUUUUUUUCAUUCUGUUGCAUGUGUCACUCAGUGAUAUACUGAGAUAUGGGGAUCUGGUUGCGUGGGUAAGUGUUCUAGACUUUAGGGGUCAUGGUACCUUUCUACCAUAUGUCAUUUUAUCAAGUAGGUAAUCGUAUCAUUGCUUUCAUGGUUUUUAAUCUCUUGCAUGAACUAUUAGAAUUGUAUUAAUAUUACCCGAGAUUAACUGGAUUAUCCUUUUUUAAGAUUA